AUGAGUCGCAGCCCAGAAAGGAUGUCCUCUUACCGCCGCCACUUUGAGGAUGGCAGCAGCAGUAGCGCCUCAUACCGCGUGCGGGUGUCUAGCCCGUCCCCGCCUCGCCGCCAAGCACGACAUCGCUCGGCCAGUUAUAGCCGCACCACUGGCCGGCUGGUAGCAGGAGGUGGCAUACAGGCGGGCAGGAGGACCUACUCAGCAGUUUAUGGACCUCGCAUUACUAGCAUGGGUACAAUCUACCUGGGAGCGGGGAUAGGACCGGCUUUGGAUCUGGACGCCGCGUCUGCAACAAAUCAGGAAUUCCUGAGCACUAGAACAAACGAGAGGAAAGAGAUGAUCACCCUCAACGACAGGUUGGCUGCCUACAUCGAGAAAGUGAGGAAUCUGGAACAGGACAACCGAAUUCUGGAGACAGAGGUUGAGGCUCUGAAGAGUCGCUGCCUGCAUCCACAAGGCUUGAGGGUUUUGUAUGAGGAACAGCUCAGGGAUCUGCGCCGGACAGCUGAUCAAAUGAAAGUGCAACGGGAUAUGGCAGUUGCUGCAAGGGAUGCUACAACUGGCCAACUGGAGACAAUGAAGAUCAAAUAUGAGGAAACUGUUGUGGCUCGGAAGAAGGCAGAAGAUGAAAUUGAAGCUUUCCGCCCAGAUGUAGAUGCUGCCACAGCAGCACGAAUGGACCUUGAAAAGCAGCUGCAGAAUCUUGAAGUUGAACUAGAAUUCCUCCAGAGAGUGCACAAAGAGGAAAUUGAGGAACUAAUGAAACAGAUCUAUAGUAUUACUGCCAGCGUUGAUGUGACAUACACUAUUCCAGACCUGGCUGCUGCACUCAGGGAUAUUCAACUUCAGUACGAAGACAUAUCAGCAAAGAAUCUGCAGGAAAUGGAUGAAUGGUAUAAAAGCAAAUUUGUUGAUCUGAAUCACACAUCUGCUAAACGCUUAGAAAAUAUGCGAAGCACAAGAGAACAACUUGCAGACUGUAAGCGGAAUCUUAAAAGCAGUCAAAUGGAACUGGAUGCGCUGAAGGCCCGUAGGGCAGUGCUGGAGGCUCAGAAUAAAGAAGCAGCAAAUAAAUAUAAAAAAGAGAUUGAAGAAUAUCAGAGCAAAAUUGAAAAUUUGCAACAACAACUGAAUACCAUCAAGGAAAAGAUAGCUCUGCAUUUACGCGAAUAUCAAGACCUGCUCAACAUUAAAAUGGCACUGGAGAUUGAAAUUAUUACCUACAGAAAGUUAAUUGAAGGUGAGGAUUCUCGCCUGACAACAGUAAUGGGUGGAUUCUGCAUGAUGGGACAAGGGAACCUCAGCACUGUUGAGAGCAUUCCCAAGGAACAGGCUGUGGAAAUGACCGAAAGGAAAACUGUACUUAUCAGAACAGUUAAAACAGAUGAAAACACUUUGCAAAAAGAUAUGCAAGAAAGAACCAUUACAAUCUCUGGUGCUGCAGAUGAUAGUGAUGAAGAAUAA